GGAGGUAGAUUGUCGAGGAUGGAGUUUUGUUUCGAUGUUUGAGAGUGAGGAUGGAUGUUCUGUCCGAGCUUAUUCUCGUUCUUAGGUGGCCUUCGAUGUUUCACGCUCGCUCGCUCACGGCACUCGAACAAAGCACCAAGCAAAGCACUGCACUUCGCCGCAGUGAGGGACGAUCUAAGCCACAAGGGACAGGUGCGCCACCAGCUUAGCCGUCGGACUCUACCUAACUACAUUCGGCGCCGAAUUAAAGAAACCCCAGAAAAGAUAUGGGAUUGUAUAUUGCGGCCUCAGGCGUUGAGUACAUAAUUAAUUCACGGAAUCAUUCUGGCUGUCUUCAACAUUCAAAGUCUCACGAUGUCUCACGAGCGCGCGGAUAUGAUAACGCUCAUGGUACUUCCGUCCCGUCCCCUUGGCAGACCAGCACUUCAUAUUGCCUGUUAUUUUUUUAUUGUACGGAGGUACACAUGUACCACGCUAAGCUUGACUCGGCAUCCUGGUCGUCUAUCAUAUUAUCACAUUAUCCAUGCUCUUCGAAGCCACAAAAAAUAACUUGGUGUGUGCUGGUUGUGCCCAACCUCCCAAAUAAAUCUGCAGAAAUCUACGUACACUAUCUCUGUUGCUGCAUAUCCUGCAGUUCGUCCGACUCUUUCUACUUGCUAUCCGAUUUGCUACGAGCUAAUCAUGCAUCUGCCAAUUCGACUUUUGAAUCUGCCAUCGUGACUGGCCACUGAUCCAUCCCGGCGCAAACCACCAAAGACAGCGUGGUGAUUGAUGACGAGGAUUCCCAAAUCUGCGGCUUAGCAUUUCACACCUCAUCUUGACCCAUGGAGAAGCUGGAUCU